AUGUCUAUCAUUUCAAUUAUUGAAGUACACACAAUAUCGGCUGAGGAACUAAACGUGUAUCUUGCGGAGUUUAUUCACUGUUUUCAACUUAAAGACAGAGACGAUUAUGAACACUCAGGCUUAACAUGCCUGGCUUCAAAUAUCGAUGAAUGCAGCAAUGGAAGCCAUGGUUGUGACGUGAAUGCGAAUUGUACCAACACUAAUGGCUCCCAUAGCUGUACCUGUAAGGAAGGAUACACUGGAAAAGGAGAGUCAUGCCAAGAUAUUGACGAGUGUAAAGGAAGUCACUCUUGUCACGUGAAUGCUACAUGCACGAACACCCUUGGAUCACAUGUAUGUCAAUGUCACGCUGGAUAUACUGGAAAUGGACAAAACUGCACAGAUAUUGAUGAAUGCCAAAAAAAUACUCACGAUUGUCACCUGAACGCUACUUGUCAAAACACAAAUGGAUCCUUUGUGUGCACCUGUUUAUUUGGAUUUAACGGAGAUGGACGGAACUGCACAGACAUUGACGAGUGCUCACAAAUGAACAUGUGCGAUAAGAACGCCUCUUGCAGUAAUACCCAGGGCUCCUACAGUUGCGCCUGUAAUCCUAAAUACAUUGGGGAUGGUCUGAAUUGUAAAGCCGAUCCGUGCUAUAAUUACAGAAACCUGAGUGAUGCUGACAGAAAGAGCACUUACAACACACCCUACGGUGGAGAAAAAUGUGACGACGGUUCCUCAUCCUUAAUAUUCGGGGAAUGGUAUCGUUUCGUGGGAGAUGCAGGAACAAAAAUGCCAACCCAGUGCGUACCGGAUUAUAGAUGUGGUACGGCCUUCUCAGGCUGGCUAAAAGGUGGUCACCCCACACUGGCAGAUGGUGAGGUUUCUUCAGAGGUCUGCUUUACCAGAGGUGGAGAUUGUUGCAAGAAAUCACAGGACAUAAAAGUGAAAGACUGCGAAUCCUACUUUAUAUACAAACUACAAAAG